CUAUAUGCAAAAAUGCCAACCUUGGAUGACAUUCUAGAGCAUAUUGGGGAAUUUGACUUGUUCCAGAAGCGAGCCUUCUUUGUCUUAUGCCUGCUAUCUGCCUCCUUCACCCCUAUUUACGUGGGUGUUGUCUUCCUGGGGUUCACUCCUGAACACCGCUGUCUCAGUCCUGGAGUUGCUGAGUUGAGCAGCCGAUGUGGAUGGAGUCUAGAAGAGGAGCUGAAUUACACCGUUCCAGAGCAGGGUAGACAUGGGGAGUCUCUCUCUAGUCAGUGCAGGAGAUAUGACGUGGACUGGAACACAACUGGCCUCAGCUGCACAAACCCCUUAGAAAACUUCACCGGUUAUGGCAACAGGAGCAAUAUCCUGCUCACCCCCUGUCAAGGUGGCUGGGUUUAUGAUUCUUCAGGAUCAUCCAUCGUGACUGAGUUUAACCUGGUUUGUGAGGACUCCUGGAAGCUGGAUCUCUUUCAGUCUUGUGUGAACAUUGGAUUUUUUAUUGGCUCCAUAAGCAUUGGCUACAUAGCAGACAGGUUUGGUCGUAAAUUAUGCCUGUUAAUUACAAUCCUUGUCAAUUCCAUUUCUGGAGUUCUCAUGGCCUUUGCACCAAGCUACACAUGGAUGCUGAUCUAUCGUUUCAUACAAGGACUGGUCAGCAAGGGGGGCUGGUUAACAGGCUACAUAUUGAUCACAGAAUUUGUUGGCUUAAGCUAUAGAAGGACAGUAGGAAUUGUUUACCAAGUAGCCUUUACUGUUGGACUCCUCGUACUCUCUGCUAUUGCUUAUAUGAUUCCUCACUGGAGAUGGCUGCAGCUCACUGUUACUCUGCCAAACUUUUUCUUCUUGCUCUAUUACUGGUGUCUGCCAGAGUCACCAAGGUGGCUGAUAGCUCAACAGAAAAAUGACAAAGCCAUGAAAAUUAUUAACCGUAUUGCCAAGGGAAAUGGGAAAAAGGUGCCUCCCUCUUUACAGAGUCUCAACCCUGAAGAGGAAGAUGGGGAAAAGCUGAGCCCUUCAUUUCUAGACUUGGUCAGAACACCUCAGAUAAGGAAACAUACACUCAUUUUGAUGUACACUUGGUUCACAAGCUCUGUUCUGUACCAGGGGCUCAUCAUGCACAUGGGGAUUGCUGGUGGGAACAUUUAUCUGGAUUUCUUCUAUUCUGCACUGGUUGAAUUUCCAGCCGCCCUCAUACUCAUACUCACAAUUGAUCGCAUUGGCCGUCGCUAUCCCUGGGCUACAGCAAAUCUGGUGGCAGGGGCUGCUUGCCUUAUUACAGCUUUCAUCCCAGACGAUAUCUAUUGGUUAAAAAUUACUGCAGCUUGCUUAGGCAGAAUGGGAAUUACCAUGUGCUAUGAAAUGGUUUGCCUAGUGAAUGCAGAAUUGUACCCAACAUUUCUCAGGAACCUGGGAGUACUUGUCUGUUCUUCCAUGUGUGAUAUUGGUGGGAUCAUAACUCCAUUUGUUGUCUACAGACUGGCAGAGAUCUGGCAUGAACUGCCACUUGUAGUUUUUGCUGUUGUUGGUUUAAUUGAUGGUGGACUGGUUCUGCUCCUACCUGAGACCAAAGGGAAAACUUUGCCUGAGACCAUAGAAGAUGCUGAAAACAUGCACAGACAAAGAAAGCACAAAAAAGAAGUGAUUUACCUGCAUGUUUUAACAACAGAAGUUGCACCAAAUUAAGUUAAAGAGCUGCUUCUCCCAUGGCCUGCUUUUGAUGGUGCAUUAAUAGACUGAGGACAGAACAUUUAUAUGAUAUAAACCAUCUACUGUCAUCAUUUCUUUAUUCUGCUUUAAUACUUGCUACACGUCCUUAGGACAACAGACCACUGGUUAUCAUUCUCAGAGCUGCAUCUGUGACACAUCUGCCUUCCACCACUGAUCAUUACUACUAGCUCUAGCUCAAUCCAGGACACUUAGACCGUGGCUUCACUACCACUUACACUGGCAAUAUCUAUGUCGUUCAGGGGUGUGAAAAAAAUACAGCCCUCCCCCGAGUGACAUACAUUUCACCAGCAUAAGCGGCAGCAUGCAAUCUCCUGCUGCCACGGCUACUGCUGCUCAUAGAGGUGGUUGUAUUACAGCGGCAGGAGAGCUCUCUCCCCUCGGCAUAGAGCGGCUAUGUGAUGAACUAGAAAUGUUCUUAAUGUUUUCUAUGAAUACUAGGUUGGUGCCUCAGUGUCCCCUAG